AUUACCUUCAUGGCCACGAUGCCAGAGGAACAUGGAGAGAAAACGCUAAAGGCUGGUUCUCCUCCAAAGCCUACCGACGCCGCGUCUACACUCAGCCCUAUCAGGUUGAACAUUAUUGUUGUCGGGCUAUGGCUAUGCCUUUUUGUCUCCGCGUUAGACACCACUAUUGUCACGACUGCUUUAAUCAAAAUCUCCAGCGAUUUCGGCUCCUUGAACGAGUCAGCCUGGCUCAUCGUUACAUACCUUCUAACUUACAACUCUUUUCUCCUAAUCACUUCCAAACUCAGCGAUGUGUGGGGUAUCAAAACGGUAAUUCUUACUUGUGCAUUCAUCUUUUUGGUGUUUUCAAUGGCUUGUGGAGGAGCCCAAACGAUGAACCAGCUGAUCGUCUUUCGCGCAUUUCAAGGAAUAGGAGGUUCGGGGAUGUACUCCCUGACUUUCGUGGCCAUCAUGAAGCUCAUCACCCCCGAGAAAUUGGGCUUCUACUCUGGUAUCAUUAGUAGCGUGUUCGUCAUUGCCAAUUUGCUAGGGCCUAUACUUGGUGGUGUCAUCGCCGACGAUACGACGUGGCGAUGGAUAUUCUUUCUCAAUGGGCCUAUCAUUGCUGUAGCCUUCAGUGCACUCUGCCUCGCCAUGCCCGGCCUUGCCGAUGGAAAAUCCCACAAAGAGCGUUUCAAGAACUUCGACAUUCUCGGCGGUAUCCUCUCCAUAGUAUGGCCCAUUCCCCUCCUAUUCGCCCUCCAAGAAGGAGGCUCCCGCUGGGAAUGGAACAGCAGCAUUAUCAUUGGGACGCUAACGGGGGGAUGCGUCGGCUUCAUCGUUUUCAUCUUCUACGAGACUUGGGUCACUUACCGGACUGCAAAAGACCCGGUUCUAAACAUCACGUUCUUUAGGAAGCCGUCUAUGGCAUUGCUUCUUCUUGGCAUGUUCUUCCUUGGCUUCGCAUUCUACAUCGCUAUAAUCGAACUCCCGCAGCGCUUCCAAGCCGUUAACGGUACUUCCGCCUCGCGCGCAGGAAUCUUGCUCCUCGCCUUGACGCUGCUCUCCCCCGUCGGUGCCAUGACAGCGGGGUUCCUAAUGCAGAAAUACAUCGCGGCCGAGUACCUCAUCAUCAUUGCAAAUGUGUUCAUCGUGGUAGGCAUUGGACUCGUCAGCAGCCUCCCAGCAACGCAUCCUUUCCCAGACGCGACGUUCGGGUACGAGAUUAUACUAGGUAUUGGGCUGGGCUUAUCAAGCCCGCCGUACUACUUCCUCCUAGGGACCUCGAUUGAUAGGGAGGAUAUCGCCAUAGGUACAGGUGCCUUAAACAUGUUGCGCACGCUGGGCGGCACCAUCGGGGUAGCCAUUUGCUCCGCCCUGCUCCACAACAACCUCCAUACCGAACUCCCCACCUUCCUCUCCCCCGCCGAAACCAAGGCGCUGGACGAAUCUAUUGCGAGCCUAGUUAUUCUGUCUCCGGACAAGAGGAUUAGAGUUGGGAAGAUAUAUGGGCAAAGCUAUAACAAACAAUUCCAGGUUAUGAUUGCGUUUGCAGGAGCGAAUCUGCUGACGAGUUUGGCGCUGUUGUGGGUGAGGAAGCGGGAGGGGAUAUUUAAUAAGAUGCCAGAGAUGGAGGGGGAUCUGGCAAGGACGAAAGAUGUGGAAGGGGGUGCAGAGAGGGUGGCGACUAGUGAGCCUAAGCUAAGAGAAGAGGAGGAGAAGAACGGAGAGAAAUCAGAAGCAAUACGGCCGAGCGCGACUGAUGGCGACAAGCAGAACAGUCAGGGAAACACAGGGAGUACCAAAGAAGUCAAGAUAUAAACGAAGCGCAUGUAACAUAUCAAUAUUUUCCACUCAUUUGCACUAUAUAUUCCUUCAUCCAUCU